AGAUUUAGGACAGGGAUUUGGGACACCGACUGGAGCGAGGACAGGUGACAGCACCUCCUUAGCUCCUCUUUGAUCCUGGAUCCACUGCAGCCUGCGGAGGAGGCCUGGAGCGGGGGGACCCCUCCUGCCCCCCAGCAGGGAGGGUGGGGUCCUGGACUGGGACCCCCCCACUCAGUAUGACAGUGUGGCAGUGUGGCAGUGUGGCACUGUCCCCACCCCGCGAGGUGACAAUGUCCCCUCGCUCCCAGCCCUGGCCCGGCGCGCCCCAACCCCGGGGGUCUCACACCCCCCACCCGAACUACAACUCCCGGCAUGCCGCGGGGCGGGGGCGGGGCCGGGCGGGGGCGGGGCCGGCCGGGGGGCGGGGCGGGGGCGCCGCUCCCCCUUUGUUGGUGUCGGCGGGGCCGAGAGCGGCGGGGCCGGCCCGGAAUGGGCGACCAGGGCGCCGGGCAGGAGUCUCUGCGCAAGAUCAUCACCACCCUCGCCGUGAAGAAUGAGGAGAUCCAGAACUUCAUCUACUCCCUCAAGCAGAUGGUGCAGAACGUGGAGGCCAACUCGGCGCGGGCGCAGCAGGACCUGGAGGCCGAGUUCCAGUCUCUGUACGCGCUGCUGGACGAGCUCAAGGAGGACAUGGUGAUGAAGAUCAAGCAGGAGCGCGCCAGCCGCACCUACGAGCUGCAGGCCCAGCUCGUGGCGUGCUCCAAGGCCCUGGAGAGCUCUGAGGAGCUGCUGGAGGCGGCCAACCAGGCCCUGGGCACGGCCAACCACCACGACUUCUCCCAGGCGGCCAAACAGAUCAAGGAUAGCGUGACCAUGGCUCCGGCCUUCCGCCUGUCGCUCAAGGCCAAGGUCAGCGAUAACAUGAGCCACCUGAUGGUGGAUUUCGCCCAGGAGCGGCGCCUGCUGCAGGCCCUGACCUUCCUGCCAGUGCCCAGCGCCCCCGAGAUCGACCUGGCCGAGUCGCUGGUGGCCGAUAACUGUGUGACCCUGGCCUGGAGGAUGCCCGACGAGGACAGCAAGAUCGACCACUACGUGCUGGAGUAUCGCAGGACCAACUUCGAGGGGCCCCCCCGGGCCAAGGAGGACCAGCCCUGGAUGGUCAUCGAGGGCAUCAAGGGCACUGAGUACACCCUGACUGGGCUGAAGUUUGACAUGAAGUACAUGAACUUUCGGGUGCGGGCGUGUAACAAGGCGGUGGCGGGCGAGUUCUCGGAGCCAGUCACUCUGGAGACCAGAGCCUUCAUGUUCCGGCUGGACGCCAGCACGUGCCACCAGAACCUGCGGGUGGAGGAGCUGAGCGUGGAGUGGGACGCCACGGGAGGGAAGGUGCAGGACGUCAAGGCCCGAGAGAAGGAUGGCAAGAGCAGGACGGCCUCCCCUGCCAACUCCCCUGCCAGGGUGGUGCAGUCGCCCAAGAGGAUGUCCCUGGGCCGAGGGGGCCGAGACCGGUUCACAGCCGAGUCCUACACGGUGCUGGGGGACACGCUGAUCGACGGCGACGAGCACUACUGGGAGGUGCGGUACGACCGCGACAGCAAAGCCUUCGGCGUGGGCGUGGCCUACCGCAGCCUGGGCAAGUUCGACCAGCUGGGCAAGACCCCGGCGUCCUGGUGCCUGCACCUCAACAACUGGCUGCAGGUCAGCUUCAGCGCCAAGCACAACAACAAGGCCAAGGCGCUGGACGUGCCCGUGCCCGACUGCAUCGGCGUGCACUGCAACUUCCACGAAGGUUUCCUGUCCUUCUACAACGCCCGCACCAAGCAGCUGCUCCACACCUUCAAGGCCAAGUUCUCACAGCCGGUGCUGCCAGCCUUCAUGGUGUGGUGUGGCAGCUUCCAGGUGACAUCAGGCCUGCAGGUGCCCAGCGCCGUGCGGUGCCUGCAGAAGAGGAACAGCACAGCCAGCAGCUCCAGCCUGCCCUGAGCCCCCGGGCACAGCACUGAAUGUACCCUGCCCCUGGCACCCCAGCCUGCCCUGCAGGGCUCUGCCACCCCCGGGGCACCCCCAGCCUGCCCUGCAGAGCUCUGCCACCCCCUGGCACCCCCAGCCUGCCCUGCAGGGCUCUGCCACCCCCUGGGGCACCCCCAGCACUGCCCUGCAGGGCUCUGCCACCCCGGGGCACCCCCAGCCUGCCCUGCAGGGCUCUGCCACCCCCUGGCACCCCCAGCCUGCCCUGCAGGGCUCUGCCACCCCCUGGCACCCCCAGUGCUGCCCUGCAGAGCUCUGCCACCCCCUGGCACCCCAGCCUGCCCUGCAGGGCUCUGCCACCCCAGGGCACCCCCAGCACUGCCCUGCAGGGCUCUACCACCCUUGGGGCACCCCCAGCCUGCCCUGCAGGGCUCUGGCACCCCGGGGCACCCCCAGUGCUGCCCUGCAGGGCUCUGCCACCCCCAGCCUGCCCUGCAGGGCUCUGCCACCCCCUGGCACCCCCAGUGCUGCCCUGCAGGGCUCUGCCACCCCCUGGCACCCCAGCACUGCCCUGCAGGGCUCUGCCACCCCCUGGCACCCCCAGUGCUGCCCUGCAGGGCUCUGCCACCCCCAGGGCACCCCCAGCACUGCCCUGCAGGGCUCUGCCACCCCCUGGCACCCCCAGCCUGCCCUGCAGGGCUCUGCCACCCCCAGGGCACCCCCAGUGCUGCCCUGCAGGGCUCUGGCACCCCCUGGCACCCCCAGCCUGCCCUGCAGGGCUCUGCCACCCCCAGGGCACCCCCAGUGCUGCCCUGCAGGGCUCUGGCACCCCCUGGCACCCCCAGUGCUGCCCUGCAGGGCUCUGGCACCCCCUGGCACCCCCAGCCUGCCCUGCAGGGCUCUGCCACCCCCUGGCACCCCAGCCUGCCCUGCAGGGCUCUGCCACCCCCUGGCACCCCCAGCCUGCCCUGCAGGGCUCUGGCACCCCCAGCCUGCCCUGCAGGGCUCUGGCACCCCCAGCCUGCCCUGCAGGGCUCUGCCACCCCCUGGCACCCCAGCACUGCCCUGCAGGGCUCUGCCACCCCCUGGCACCCCCAGUGCUGCCCUGCAGGGCUCUGCCACCCCCAGGGCACCCCCAGCACUGCCCUGCAGGGCUCUGCCACCCCCUGGCACCCCCAGCACUGCCCUGCAGGGCUCUGCCACCCCCAGGGCACCCCCAGUGCUGCCCUGCAGGGCUCUGCCACCCCGGGGCACCCCCAGCCUGCCCUGCAGGGCUCUGCCACCCCCAGGGCACCCCCAGUGCUGCCCUGCAGGGCUCUGCCACCCCGGGGCACCCCCAGCACUGCCCUGCAGGGCUCUGCCACCCCCUGGCACCCCCAGCCUGCCCUGCAGGGCUCUGGCACCCCCUGGCACCCCCAGCACUGCCCUGCAGGGCUCUGGCACCCCCUGGCACCCCCAGUGCUGCCCUGCAGGGCUCUGGCACCCCCAGGGCACCCCCAGCCUGCCCUGCAGGGCUCUGCCAGCCCCGGGGCACCCCCAGCCCCCCCACUCCGUGCCCCCCGUGUCGCCGGGGCUCGUUGCCCCCCCAGCACCGAGAGCUGCUUCUGGCCUGGAGAAUAAAUUGGGAUGUAG